AUGGCCGGUGCCUCAGGGAUUGAUGCCUCUGAACUCCAGCCCAGCCCGCGGUAUCUAUUUCGGCAGCCGCAGGCGCUGCAAUGGUUUGAGAAUAGGAAACUUGUGAAGCGCCAGGAAGGGGAACGUCAGGCCGGACGUUUUGAGCUUUUCUUGGACCUUCUCUAUGUCGCCAUUCUUGCGAACUUCGCCGAAACCCUAGCCGAGGAAAUUUCGGGCGCGCACCUCGUUAAGUAUAUUCUCAUCCUCGCACCCACCUGGCAUAUUUGGUCCGACCUCCGGGAAUUGAUGAAUUCUUUCUAUAAUGAUGACCUGCUGCAGCGCGUUCUCAUUCUUUGGGUCAUGGCUGUACUUGUAAUGUAUGGCAACAAUGCCCCCUCUGUUGAUGAGGAUAUUGGCGCUAUGAGGGCCACUGUCGGCUCGUACAUGGUCGCGCGCAUCUCAUGUGGCGCAGCUCACCUACUGUACUCCUUUGCCAGCUAUCACCACCGAGCACAGCAGCGGUUGUGGGUCGUGCUCACGUUGUUGUGCCUCUGCAUCUACAUUCCACUGUACUUCGAGUCUGUAUCAAUGCGCGGUAAGAUCGCUGCGGCCGCCGUCGGUGUAUUUAUCGAGGAGUGUAGCUGGAUCUUCUGCUACUCACCUGCGGCCAAGAAAAUGCUGAAGACUACAUACUCAACUGCCGUCGACAUCCCACAUGAGGUUGACCGGUUCGCCGCAUUUUUCAUCAUUGUCCUGGGCGAAUAUCUAUACCAGAUCGUUGUCGGCUCGCCUGCAGCUGUGGGCUUCAAUCCGCGCUUGAUUCAUGCCAUCUGGACCUUGAUCAUUGCCUUUUGUCUGAACUGGAUAUACGUCCACAAUGACGGCGCACUUCAAAGCACUCAUCCGCUCCACUAUUCCGUCUACACCGCAUUCUCGUGGGCUGCUCUCCACCUGCCCCUGGUAGCGAGUCUGCUGGCAAGCGGCCAUGUUGCAGCGGCCAGCGCGGCAGAGGACAAGUUCCGUCAUGCUGAGCGUUGGCUACUUUGUGGCAGCCUUGGGACCGGCCUGUAUUGUCUGUACGGUCUCGCGCUGCUAUUUGAGGACAAGGAUGCACCAGGGACGUUGAUGCUGCCGAAGCAUCUUCGCAUGAUCAUGAGGCCCAUCACCGGACUAAUUAUCAUCCUUCUUGCUAACAACCUGGAUAUCACAUCAGUCCUGUCUAUUAUCAUGGCCAUGAUAGUGUUCUGCUUAUUUUGGGAGAACGUGACCUCUUUGCAUCGCGAUGCCGGGAUAUGGGAGCCUUGGGAGAACACAAGACACCCCGAAGGGAGGAUCACCUCGGAUGAAUUAACUGUACCUGUGAUUAGUGAUGAACCAUCCCAUUCAGCGACUCCAUAG